AUUCACGCAUCAAAGACAUUGAUGUCAACAUGUCGAUUGUCGCUCUGGUUUUUGCAUAAAAGCCACCAAAACUCCUAGCAGAGAGGAUGAAUGUAGUCUGGAUGCUUCUCCUUUUCAUCGAGGAGGGAUUUCCUCGGGCUCAGAAGACUGCGGAUGGUGCUUCUUCCAAAGGGCUCAAACCGUCUCAGUGGCCACCUCGGUCUCGCCACUGCGGGAACUGGAUACGAAACACAGACGGUGGCAGCUUUAGCUCCCCAAACUACCCUAAGACCUACCCUGCCAACAAGGAGUGCCUAUAUGUGCUAGAAGCGCUCCCCCGGCAGAGAAUCGAACUGCAGUUCGAUGAGUCCUUCUACAUCGAGGCGUCCUUCGAGUGUCGCUUUGACCACAUCGAGGUGCGCGAUGGCCCCUUCAGUUUCUCGCCGCUCAUCAACCGUUUCUGCGGGGCCACCUGCCCAGGCCUGGUCCUGUCCAGUGGCCGCUUCAUGUGGAUCCGCUUCUUCAGCGACGAUGAACUGGAGGGGAUCGGUUUCCAGGUCCGCUACAGCUUCACGUCAGACCCGGAGUUCCAUCUGCAUGUGGGAGGGCUCCUAAACCCCAUCCCAGAUUGUCAGUUUGAGCUGUCCGGGGCUGACGGCCUGAUUCGAUCCAGCCAAGUGGAAGAGGAGUACAAGGUCAAUCCCGACCAGGCAGUGGACUGCAUCUGGACCAUACGUGCCCCGACUAACAACAAGAUUUACCUGAGAUUUCUGGAGUAUCAGAUGGAGAACUCCAAUGAGUGCAAGAAGAACUUUGUGGCUAUUUAUGAUGGAAGCAACGCCAUUGAGGAUCUCAAGGCCAAGUUUUGCAGCACAGUGGCCAACGACGUCAUGCUGGACACGGGCGUAGGCGUGGUGAGGAUGUGGGCGGACGAGAGCAGCAGACUGAGUCGCUUUCGGAUGUUGUUCACCUCUUUUGCUGACCCACCAUGUGUGGGCGGCACAUUCUUCUGUCACAGUAACAUGUGUAUCAACACAUCACUGGUGUGCAAUGGUAUACAAAACUGCGUCUUUCCCUGGGAUGAAAGCAACUGCAAAGAGAAAAAGCAGAAAGGAAUCUUCCAGCACAUGACGAGGACUCACAGCACGGUGAUCUGCGUGUCCACGGGAGUCGUGAUGCUGCUCCUUGUAGUCUCCAUCUUGGUACAGAUCAAGCAGCCACGCAAGAAGGUAUUGGUACGCAAGAAAAACUUGUUCCAGCAUGGGGACUACCACUCGCCAUUUGAGCCUCCACACUAUGAACUCUUGACCCUCAGAGAAAAGAAGCUGUCGCGGGAUCUGGGAGAUCUAUCGGAGGAGCUUCAGUCCCUGCAGCCUUUGAGAAGGUCAUCUUCAGGUUCGCGCUGUGUUCAUGAGCAUCACUGUGGCUCUCAGGCCUCACUCAACUCCAUCAAAGGCUCUCUUGGUGCAGCCCACGGCUCUUCAGAGCUCACCUCGAUUCGAGGGGACGUCCAGAGGGCUCCGCCUCCUCUGCACGAGUCUGCUGGCAACCUGCGCAAGAAGAGCUGGCCAAGUGUCAAAGUGGCUGCCGGCCUCCAGCAACAAUACAGCUUGGCGGAGAGACACCAUCGCGUCAUGGAGGACCACUGUGACGACCAGGAGGCGGGGGACGGAGCUGGCUACGACGUGUACAUACACAGGACUGCCAAUAGGAGGUGUCGCUAUGAGAUAGCCCAACAAAGAUCUUUAUCCAUGGACUUUUAACACGUCAGCCUUCAUUUUGAUGCUUCUAUUUUACAUCAAGUAUGCAAGAGAUUUAUUGCAUUAGCCUGGUUCAUAUGCAAUUCUUUUAAUCAUUUCAAUUAAAAAUCAU